AUGCUCUCUCGCAGCUCUCUCCGCACCGCCCAGGCCCUUCGCGCCGCCGCCAAGCAGCCCCAGGCCGUCCGAUCCUUUGCUACCAUCCAGUCCGACAUCUUCAAGCCUACCAAGUACGGCUCCAAGUACACCGUCACCCUCAUCCCCGGUGAUGGUAUCGGUGCCGAGGUUGCCGAGUCGGUCAAGACCAUCUUCAAGGCCGACAACGUCCCCAUUGAGUGGGAGCAGGUUGAGGUUUCCGGUAUCGAGGAGGGCGGCAAGCCCGCUGAGGCUGCUUUCCGCGAGAGUGUCGCCUCUCUCCGCCGCAACAAGCUCGGUCUCAAGGGUAUUCUGCACACCCCCGUCAGCCGCUCUGGCCACCAGUCUUUCAACGUCGCCAUGCGUCAGGAGCUCGACAUCUACGCCUCCAUCUCCCUGAUCAAGAACAUCCCCGGCUACGAGACCCGCCACAAGGACGUUGACCUGUGCAUCAUCCGUGAGAACACCGAGGGUGAGUACUCUGGUCUCGAGCACCAGAGCGUCGACGGCGUCGUCGAGUCCCUCAAGAUCAUCACCCGUGCCAAGUCUGAGCGCAUUGCCAAGUUUGCCUUCAACUUUGCCCUUGCCAACAACCGCUCCAAGGUUACCUGCAUCCACAAGGCCAACAUCAUGAAGCUUGCCGAUGGUCUCUUCCGCAGCACCUUCCACGAGGUUGCCAAGGAGUUCCCUACCCUCGAGGUCAACGACAUGAUUGUCGACAACGCCUCCAUGCAGGCUGUCUCUCGCCCCCAGCAGUUUGACGUCAUGGUCAUGCCCAACUUGUACGGUGGUAUCCUCUCCAACAUUGGUGCCGCUCUCGUCGGUGGCCCCGGUAUCGUCCCCGGCUGCAACAUGGGCCGCGAUGUCGCCGUCUUCGAGCCCGGCUGCCGUCACGUCGGUCUCGAUAUCCAGGGCAAGGACCAGGCCAACCCUACUGCCAUGAUCCUGUCCGGCAGCAUGCUCCUCCGCCACCUUGGUCUCGAUGACCACGCCAACCGCAUCUCCAAGGCCAUUUACGCCGUCAUCGCCGAGGGCAAGGUCCGCACCCGCGACAUGGGCGGUGUCUCUACCACCCAUGAGUUCACCAAGGCCAUCCUCGACAAGAUGGAGACCCUCUAA